AAUGUCAUCGUUCUUCCUCUUACAAAUGACAUCCACUUUAAGGUCUGCUAUUAGUUGCCCUUUGCUUAUUUUUACCCCAGCUGGCUAUACAGGUUUUAGGAAAUUCACAGUCAAAUUAGUUUUUUAGUUUCUAUUCAUUUGUGCCAUUUGGAAGAACCGAGGGCAGCUCGUAUAUAAGGGACAUUUUGAUCCAGUAUUCUAAGAAAACUAUCCUGUGUAGAGACCCACAUGUAUCCGAUUGUAAUGGAGUUUAUCCGAAACAGAAGAAAAGCGCAGAUUAUGAUAGUGUCUGCAUUUGAAACGCUGACAGUGCACAGUGGACUCCCUUGAGCUGGAGCGACAUCAGUAAUAAACUGUAAAUACUGCAAAAAUAAGAGUCAAAAAAUCAACGCCACAAUGAUCGGGGGAGGACCAUAAACUGUAUACAAGUUGAAAAUGUCUGGUGCUAGCUGCCUUCUAAAUUAAAUAUAUACUGUAUGCAGAAAGAAGUAAUAUUUGAAUAUGUAUGUAAUUUCUUUUUUAUGUAUUUACGUGUAUUAAAACCAAUGUGUAAAUCCCAGAAUCAUUUCAGUUUUUCCGGAAAUAAAUAAUAGUAUUUUAUAUUUUAAAGAUCCAGAUCAGCUGAUAUCUCUAAUAUUGCUGCACUGUGUAUAGUAUACAUGCAGCGGGUCUCAAAGACUCCAAAUAGCACUAAUCUUGGACCUUACCUAAGGUAUCAUUGCUCGCUGGUCCUAGUGUUAAUGAGACUGUGUGAACCCAGCCUGCUGGUGGCAAACCUGUCUUUUUCGUUUCUUUUCUUAGGCCUGUGCUAGGUGUGUAAGUGUGACCUUGGAUCAAGUCAUAGCCUGGUAAAGAUCUCCUAGGAACACGACUGAUGCAAACCCUGGAGAAGCAAUGACCAUUACCAUGAACUUAUUAAUGAAGCAGUAAGGUUAAGCACGACACUCUUUGAGUUGUCAUUCAUGAUGAUCACCAGUCGUGUUUUAGGCUGCUGUGAACUUUGUAAAAGGAUGAACCUCCUGAAACAUGUAAGAAAGUUGUUGCGCCCUAUAGUGAACGAUGGCUCCAGGCGCACAGCAGCAGAUACAGCUAUUGUUCGGUCUCUUCCAGUCACAUGGUUUCAAAUGAGCACCGCAAGACCGGGGGCAGCGGUUUCAGUAGCAAACUAGCAGCGGGUCCCAGUUUUCGAGAUUUCGUUAAAAAUGUCGCUGCAGGAGAGAAAGGCGCUCCCGAUCUACAAGAAGAAGUGGAAGAAACGCACCCCUACCUCCCUGAAGACUCGCAGAUCGGAUCUGGAAGAAAAGUUUAUUUCGAAACCUACGGGUGUCAGAUGAACGUGAAUGACACAGAGAUCGCCUGGUCGAUUCUGCAGAAGAAAGGCUACCUGAGAACCAGCGACCUUGCUCAGGCAGAUGUGAUUCUUCUUGUAACAUGCUCUGUCAGAGAGAAGGCAGAGCAGACCAUCUGGAACAGGCUGCAGCAGCUGACUGCACUGAAGAGGAGGCGCCCCAGGUCUCAGACUCCACUCAAAAUAGGAAUUUUAGGGUGCAUGGCGGAAAGGCUGAAGAAGCAGUUACUGAAGCGUGAGAAGCUGGUGGACGUGCUGGCCGGGCCCGAUGCAUACCGAGACCUCCCGCGACUCCUCUCCGUGUCCGAGAGCGGUCAGCAAGCCAUCAAUGUGCUGCUGUCCCUGGAGGAGACCUACGCUGACGUCAUGCCCGUCCAGCUGCACCCGCAGGGCAGGGCCGCCUUUGUCUCCAUCAUGCGAGGCUGUGACAACAUGUGCAGCUACUGCAUCGUGCCCUUCACACGGGGCAGGGAGAGGAGCCGUCCCCUCGCUUCCAUCCUCCAGGAAGUCAGGAUGCUGUCGGAUCAGGGGGUGAAGGAGGUGACUCUGCUGGGUCAGAAUGUCAACAGCUACAGGGACACGUCCGAGGUGCAGUUCUGUUCCUCCGAGCCGACCCACAUGAGCAGGGGCUUCAGCAGCCUGUACCGGGACAGGAAGGGGGGCCUGCGGUUCUCUGAACUGCUGGAGAGGGUGUUCCGCAUUGACCCCGACAUGAGGGUCCGCUUCACCUCCCCCCACCCCAAGGACUUCCCUGACGAGGUGCUGCAGCUCAUCCAGGAGAGACACAACAUCUGCAAGCAGAUCCACCUCCCAGCCCAGAGUGGCAGUACCCGCAUCCUGCAGGCCAUGCGCAGGGGCUACACCAGAGAAGCUUACCUGGAGCUUGUGGAUCACAUCCGGAGUGUUAUUCCAGAGGUGAGUCUGAGCAGUGAUUUUAUUGCUGGGUUCUGCGGAGAGACGGAGGAAGAUCACCUCCAGACUGUCUCCCUUCUCCGAGAGGUCCGGUACAAUGUGGGGUUCCUCUUCGCUUACAGCAUGAGAAAGAAGACCCACGCGUAUCACCGUCUCCAAGACGACAUUCCAGGGGAGGUGAAACAGCACCGCCUAGAGGAGCUUACCCGAGUGUUCAGAAAGGAGGCUGCCAGCCUGAACUUGGGGCUUGUCUGGAGCACUCAGCUUGUCCUAGUGGAGGGGGUGAGCAAGAGGUCUGCAGCGGAGCUCUCUGGGAGGAACGACAGCAACGUCAAAGUGAUCUUCCCCAACCUGGAGGACCCCACAGACUGUGCGUCGGGAGGCACUGCUGGGAUCAAACCAGGAGACUACGUGCAGGUCAAGGUCACGUCAGCCAGCUCUCAGAGCUUGAGGGGCGUUCCUCUCUGCCUCAGCACCCUGAAGGUUGGGUCGGGAUGCACUCUGCAUGGUUCAGGAGACACAGGCUGAUAAACUGAGGCUGGAGUUCACUGUGUCACAACCGGAUCGCUCAGCCAGAGCCGGCAGGACAGCAGCUAACCAGCAGGGUGUGGGAAGCUGGAAUUGCUUUUGCACAUGAUUGAUGGUUACAGUGGAGUCACUGGGCCAUAUUCACAAGCCAUUUGCCGCUGUACUAAGUUAGCACCAGUUAUUUUCUAAAAUGAAAACAUUGAUGUUAAAAAACUUAAAAUGAAUACCUCAGGCACGUAGAUACCUAUGUGCACCUAAGGUGAGGCUUGCAACUUCUGCAACAUUAGCAGUUCGUUUUUUGUUUUACAAAACUGGUGCAAACCUAGCAUGGUAGACAAUGUUUGGUUAAUAUGGCUUGCUAUGCACCAUCCUGUGCAUUCAAAGUGUAAUUCAAUUGUAAUAAUGGCACAAUGGGCAACAGUGUGGAGUAGUGGUUAGGGCUCUGGACUCUGGACCGGAGGGUCGUGGGUUCAGUCCCAAGUGGGGACACUGCUGCUGUACCCUUGAGCAAGGUACUUUACCUAGAUUGCUUCAGUAAAAACCCAACUGCAUAAAUGGGUAAUUGUAUGUAAAAAUAAUGUAAUUGUAUGUAAAAAUAAUGUGAUAUCUUGUAGCAAUUGUAAGUCGCCCUGGAUAAGGGCGUCUGCUAAGAAAUUAAUAAUAAUAAUAAUAAUAAUAAUAAUAAUAAUAAUAAUAAUAAUAAUAAUAACUUAAAAUAAUAAAAAAAAUUGUAAACAUUCAAUCUUUCUUGCUUUCUUUGUUAUGUUAUAUAUAUAUAUAUGUAUAACAUCUUUUAGCAGAACGCUCAGGUAAGACAAGUGUAAUAGUGGUAGUAGACUGAG